AUGGCAAAUAUCCUGAAGAACGUUGUCAUUCUUGGGGCUGGCGGAAAUAUUGGCAAAAUUAUCCUUGACAGUUUGGUCGCUUCAAACAAAUUUACCAUAACUGUGAUCUCCCGCAACGAGAGUAAGGCUGUUUUCCCCGCAGGGGUCAAAGUUUUCACGACAGACUUCUCGGAUACCUCUCUGAGGACUGCAUUCCAGGGGCAAGAUGCUGUGAUCUCGGCAGUGGGAGCCACCGGUUUCAAUGAACAGAAAGCGCUCGUGGAUGCGGCUAUCCACGCUGGGGUCAAGCGUUUCAUCCCCUCGGAGUUCUCAGUCAACAGCCAAAAUGAGGCUGUGCGGCAGUUGUUGCCACUCUUUGAGCAGAAGAACGACAUCCUCAAGUACCUGAAAAGUAAAGAGUCCUCGGGCUUGACUUGGACUGGCAUUGCCACUUCUGCAUUGUUUGACUGGGGGCUUCGCAAUGGCUUUUUGGAAUUCGACCUUUCUAAUCGCACAGCCACGAUUUGGGAUAGCGGCAACAAGAGAUUUACGAUGACCAACGCAGAUCAGCUAGGUCAGUCGGUGGUAUCUGUCCUCGAAAAUCCACAGGAGACUGAAAACCAGUACCUCUUUGUCGCGUCUGUGGAAACCUCGCAGAGGGAAAUUGUCGCCGCUCUGGAGAAGGUGACUAAGACUACAUGGAAAAUCCGCGAAACAACCACAGAUGAGCAGAUCAGUGCCGGCGUUCAGAAGCUCACAGCUGGGGAUUUUAGUGGCGCUUUUACAUUGGUUCGGGCCACCUGUUUUGGUAACACGCCUGGUCUCCGUGCAAAUUAUUUACAGGACGAGAAGCUUGCAAAUGAAUUGUUGGGCCUGGCGAUGGAAAGUGUCGAGAAUACCAUCAGGCGACUGUAA